AUGCGCCCUAAAGAGUUGGGGCAGGGCUCAGCCGGCGACUGGCCGGGACCCGGCGAUCCGGCAGCAGUCACCCCAGCUCCUCCGCCUGCAGCCAAUCCCGCUCCAGAGCCCUCCGCCGAGCCUGAACCCGCCCCUGUGCAGGUACCGGCGGCAGGACCGGGAGCAGGAUCCGGAUCCGCAACCGUCUCGGGACCCUCAGCGGGAGCUCGCCCGGCCUCCAAGGCUGGAUCGGAGGCAGGAGCCCAGCGCGCGUCCGCAUUCUCGGCAGUCCAGGGGAAUGCCCAGUCCGUGCCCGACAACUCGGACGCGCCGUGGACUCGCUUCAUAUUCCAAGGUCCAUUUGGCCCCCGGGCCGCUGGCUUGGGGACUGGAAAGGCAGCGGGCAUCUGGAAGACGCCGGCUGCCUACAUCGGCCGGCGGCCUGGGGUGUCGGGCCCCGAGCGCGCCGCCUUUAUUCGGGAGCUGGAGGAAGCGCUGUGUCCUGACCUACACCCACCAGUCAAGAAGAUCACCCAAGAAGAUGUCAAAGUGAUGUUAAGUUUGCUAGAGGAGAGAGAGCGGGACCUGAACACGGCAGCUCGCAUUGGCCAGUCCCUGGUGAAACAGAACAGUGUUCUGAUGGAGGAGAACAGCAAGCUGGAAGCCAUGCUGGGCUCGGCCAGGGAGGAGAUUUUACGUCUCAGACACCAGGUGAGCCUGCGGGAUGACCUCCUUCAGCUUUACUCAGACUCUGAUGAUGAUGAGGAGGAGGAGGAGGAGGAGGAUGAAGAAGAGGAAGAAGAAGAAGAAGAGGAGGACGAGGGGGAGGAAGAAGAAGAGCAGGGGCAUGAUCAUCCCUACGAAGACUCAGACCCGACUCCUCUGACAGAGUCAGAGUCACACCGAUGCCCGCAGCUGGAGGCCCUGCAGGAGCAGCUGCGGCUGCUGGAGGAGGAGAAUGAGGAGCUGCGAGAGGAGGUCUCUCAACUCGAUGACCUUGAGGAGGAGGAGCAGAUGUUCAUCCUGGAUUGUGUGGAGCAGUUUUCGGAGGCCAGCCAGCAGAUGGCCGAGCUGUCGGAGGUGCUGGCACUCAGGAUGGAGAGCUAUGAACAGCAGCAGAGGGAGGUUGCCCAGCUGCGGGCCCAGGUCAUGAAGCUGCAGCGGUGCUGCCAGUCGUAUGGGGCUGAGGCUGAGAAGUUGCAGCAACAGCUGGCUUCGGAGAAAGAAAUCCAGAUGCAGCUCCAGGAUGAGCUGCAGGACCUACGGGAGAAGUACUCCGAGUGUGGGAGCAUGCUGAUUGAGGCCCAGGAGGAGGUGAAGACCCUCCGCCAGCAAGCCCCGGCGUCCACUGGCUCUGUCACCCACUACACAUACACUGUACCUCUGGAGGCACUUCCUGAUUUCCAGGAGACCCUGGCUGAGGAGCUCAGAAUGUCUAUAAGGAGGAUUAUCUCAGACCCUGUGUUUUUUAUGGAAAGGAAUUAUGAAGUGACUCCAGAGGAGACCUCAGAUCUGGGAUAUGAGCUGCACCACAGUGAGGAUCGAGAGCAGGAGCAGGGGCUCGAGGCAGAGGAGGGGCUGAUGUCGGCUGAGCAUUUCGUGCCUGCGGAGGAGCUGGGGGCCACAGAAGAGGCGCUGCCAGCUGAGGAGGGGGUGACGGAAGAGGCAGAGCUGGUGUCUGAGGAGGCUGAGGCCUGGGAAGAGGUGGAGCUGGAGCUGGAUGAGGCAACGCGGAUGAAUGUGGUCACGCCAGCCCUGGAGGCCAGCGGCUUGGGCCCCGCGCACCUGGACAUGAAGUAUGUCCUCCAGCAACUGGCCAACUGGCAGGACGCCCAUUACAGGCAGCAGCUGAGGCAGAAGAUGCUCCAGAAAGGUGAGUGCUCCCGUGGGGGCCUCCCUCCGGCCAGCCGGACAAGCUGCAGAUCGUCAAGCCGAUGA